GAAAUUCGGACUCACUUCCAAUACUUAAACAGUGUGUUUGUGGUCUUGUAGUCUUCUUCUCCCGGUGCUGUUAAGUGUGCCCGAGAAACCCAUCAUGGAGGAAUACGACCUGCUCAUCGUCGCGGAUGCGACAUACUCGAUGAACGACUAUCUCGCCUCUCUGCAUAUUUCACUUCCGCAGAUUAUUUCUAUCUCCGCUCUUACUGGGUGUUUCUCGAGAAUAGGAAUCAUCGCCUACCGCGACUACUCCGACUCUAGGUACCUCGAAUUCUCAGGGUGGAUGAACCAAACUCCUAGAGUUAAUCACAAGGCGCAACCCGACCUUGUGGCUUUCGCGCGGAGGAUAGAGGCCAGGGGUGGUGGUGACUUUCCAGAGGCUGUUAAGACUGCUCUAGCCAAAGCAUACUCUGAGAUGCGACCGAAUGCGCAGACAUUGAUUCUCUUAUAUACGGAUGCACCUCCACAUACUAUAGACCUUGAUGCUGAUGCCUACGACAAUGCUGCGAGGGAGAAGAACGCGCUUUCGGAUCCUACUUCAUAUAAGGGGGCUGGUCCACUGUUUAUGGAUUGGGUAUCCGCCACUGGUACUCUCGCUACUGGAGAAAAGCGUGCGCAGGUUUUCGCUGUCCUUGAAUGUGGUAUGAGGCCCCAUACUGUGCCAUACUAUAACUUUCUUUGCACGCGAACAGGCGGGGCCUGUAUCAUGCUCGAUAGCUCGGAUCCAGAAUCCAUUUCUAAAACAACAGUAGAGCUCCUUCUAUCAUGGAUGCAGGUUGAGAAAGCCACACUUGCAGACCCAGCUCAAACUUUGCGUGGACAGCUCUGUCGCUACAAUUCUACUAAAGGUAUAGAGGAUCUCAAGGAUGACGAGGACCCGAAAUCGCGGGACUUUUUUCCUUUCCCAUAUUCCAAGCCUGCGCCCGCGUUGAAUAACACAAGGAAGGUCAAGCUGAAUAUGGCUGUUGUAAAAGAAAGCCUGCCUAAGAAGCCGACUCCGGCGCUUGAUCCUGCAGAACGUUGGUCUAAGGAUGUAGCGUACCAGCAAAGUGCGUCACAACAUUUGAUGAGAAUUAUCGAGGAAGAUAUCGAUGCAAUUACAAUCAAUCCCGUGUUUGGCAGUCUCUGGAGAGCUGUCUCUAGCGACAGAAGCAACCCCCAGCGAGAUAUGUUGAUUGAGGCGUUUGGCAAACAGGUGGAGCGCCUUCCCAAUGGCGACAGGAAGGAAAAAAUGAAGCAAUGGUUGGAAGAGUCUUACAACUUCUCUGCAGAGAUCCUGUCCAUCAUCGAUCGUGUCCCGGCAACGGAGCGAUUCCCGUGUGUAUUCCGGGACCCAACAGUCAACUUCUCGCAGGUAGCGACUGGUUCAGGAGGCGAAGCAGACAAUAAGACUGUUACUCAGUUGACUAGAUCUGAGCUUCUAGAAAUUGGCAGAUCUUGUGACCCCCGAGUUUUGCGCCGUCUGGGGGGAAUUCUCACUUGUCUUACUUAUGUUGAAAAUGCAAGCCAGAUGCCCGAGCACAUAUCUAGAGCAAGCAAGGAGCAGGUUCCCAUGAUACCGCUCGCGCUGUCGACUGAAACUUAUAAUCGGCAGUUCUGGAAAAUCCUCCUUCAUACCAUCGUGCCUGGCACAAUGUUGACGGGCCGUGCUGCGGCCCUUCUCGCGGCUCUUGCCCUCCGCUUAGGAAUCAAGCCGCUUGCUGAGGCGGCAGGGCGCGAGAUGUCCAGCUUUAGGAACAAAUGGAACACCGUGGACAUUCCGGAAACCUGGGCAGUCAGCUGCUUGACACUGCUGCUGGAAGCCAAUGCAGCAUAUCAGAAGGAACUAAAUGAGCAGCAAGAAGAGCCAGGCAAACAACGAUCUCUUUUGAAUGACAAAGAUAUCCUUUUAUUCAAGCAACUGGUAGCUUUCAAAACUCUUGAAUACAAUCUUGAUACCCCUCUGAUCGCUCGUGUUGCAUGGACACCUGACAAGUCAGUUUCCACAAUCGGACCUUUAGUGACAUGUCAGAAGUGUCAAUAUCCCAGAUCCGUGACCAUAAUGGGACCAGACGGGCAAUGUGGAAUCUGCCUCGCCCAAUUCCAGACACCUGAGGAGUACGAGACAGCCGUCAAUGCGCAGGUUGCUCGUGGAAUAACUGCCGAGUCCAAGGCUACCUGGGUAGAAUGUGCUAUAACGUCAUGCCGAGCGCAGUACGUUGUCUACAAUGUUGAAGACCUCAGAGUUCGCCCAAAGUGCCACUACUGUAGGUUUGGGAAAGAGCUCGCCCCAGUUGUUGAGUGUAAGCUGUGUCUGAAUCGUAUGAUUUGGCCAAGCAUAUAUCGACCGCCGUCCUUCAACCGGUGUGAAUUUGUUUGUCCCGCCUGCACCUCUGGCCCGGAGGCCGAUGAAGAUAUUGAAACGACCGCGAGGAAACUCGCCCUAGAGAAUACGAUGUCCUGGCUGGUACGAGACCUCGAGGAUCAAGAAACCUCUCCGUUCACAAAUCGUUCUCCCUUCCAUACCAUAUCCACCAUGGGAACCGAAGGAUUCAUGCGUCGCAUCCGCCUCUUCCCUGAGCUCGUUGCCCCCCUGACUCAAAGGAGAAAGCAGAUUCGUAAUUCUCAUGCUUUAAUAUCCACCCUCAAGGGCCUUGUAGCCAGUCGAAAGACUGCCAAGACACACUGCUCUCUAUGCUUUUCUGAAUUCCGGCCCGCUGCUCUGGCUCUCGCGUGCGGCCGACGAGGCUGUCUCCAGCAAAUUUGUGCUUCUUGCUCAGCUGCAUGGUAUGGGAGUAACGCGUGCGGGCGCAUCAUUAACACUGCGGCGCUUGGCUGUCCCUUCUGCCGACGACUACCAACCCCGCGCGUACUCACCAAGUACGGAAAUGGAAUCCACGCUGUCAGGGAUCUCACUCGCGCUGUCCAGGACUCGGGUACUUGGAUCCACGCAUGGUGCUCGGAAUGUUUCACGGCAAAGGAGUAUAUGGGACGAAGCUGUGCUCGUGGCAUGCCACCCGAGAUCACUGAUUGGAAAUGUGAGAGUUGUCUUGAGGAGUUGCGCAGGAGGGAUGAACAACAAGCGCAGGACGCAGAAGCAGAGAGGAUCAGCAAGAUCAAGCCAUGCCCGAAAUGCGGAACUAUGACGGAAAGGAUCUCGGGGUGUGGUCAUAUCACCUGUGAAGUAGAAGAGUGCGGCGCUGAGUGGUGCUAUUUUUGCGGAAAGGCAUACUCGGAGGACCAGAUUUACAAUCACAUGGACGAGGUUCAUGGGGGGAUCUAUUGCGAGGAUGAUGAGGGUGGUGAGGAUGGUGACUAUGAUGAGGAUGAAUGAUUUGAUACCCAUAAAUAGGACGCACAUAUCUCGUUAUUGUUAUUUUAACACUGCCAGUUUAUUGUUACCUGAACUCCAGGUCAAAAUUCCAGAAAAAGCCAGAG